CAGACUAAGAGCCUCUUUCCUCCCAGGAUUUCUCCCCCAGUCUGAGUUCUCUGCCCUGGGCUACAGCUCCCUUCCCCCCAGGAUAACCCCUGCUUUCUCAGGCUCAUUCAGGGGUGUUCUUCCCAUACAGGGCAGCUAGUCCAGUAACACAGAUGUUUGCUGGGGAGCUUUGCAAGGCAGGAACAUUCUUUCCUCCCCCCAGCUAUUGGUUUGGGGGCAUCUCAGGCUGCUUGGCAGCUGACUCCACCAUAGCUAGCUCUUGCAGCAAGGCCCACCUCUGCAGUUUCCUGUUGCAGGGACUCUCACUUAUUGCCAUGGCCACCAUCUAUCUCUCAAGCACUCCCUUCAGUACUCUUUCCCCUGGAGAAUGCAGGGCUCCAUCAUGCCCACGUGCUCCUCAGUUGGUGUCUGCCUUGCCCACAGCUGGGACUUCUGGUGGUUGGUUCAGGCUGUUUAAUUUCAUACAGCUAUCCUGUGGGUAUUGCAUGCCACAGUUUGUACAUUGCUUUUCUAGCAGCUAAUGUACGCUAAAAGGGCUUGCUGAGCAGCUGCCAGCCCGAGAGUGGGGGCUGGAAAGCAAUGCCGAGGAGGCUGUGGCUGGCCAAUGCGGAGAGUGCAGACAAAUCAAUUCAACAAACAUUUACCUAUGUGCAAAGCUUAAUGGCCAGGGCCCAGCUGAGCCCUAUAGCAACUAAAGAAAUGGGGGUGGUUAGUCUCUUUGCUGGCUGAGGAAUGGUAGAGGGAAACACAGCACUGUUUUGCCAGAACUCUGCAUGGAGCAGCCAGGGGUGGGGCAGACUCUCAUUCACGGAGCUACAGAACAUUUGGCCCUGGAGUGUGAGGUGUGUUCUAGGCCCGGGUUUCCCAUGCUCACCUCUGAUGAUGCAGUCUCAGUCAUGCCCAGCCACCCUGCUGCUCUUCCAGGCCUGCCCUGCCAAUGCCCCUUUGUUCUCUCUCUCCAGGGAAUACCUUUACAAUAGAGGAACUGUGGGCUUGUUGCAGUCUGAGCAGCUCCCAUAUUUCUCUCACUGAGCUCAGUGUAACGUAACCAUCUUCUAGUCUCACCAGCUCUUCCCUUUGUGGCAACUUUCACUGAACAGGACUCCUUGAGCAGUUCCCCGCUGGUUAUCAACACCCAGAAUGACACCUCAGCAAGAAGUCGUUUCACAGAGGGGGGCACAGAAUAGGGUGAUGAUAAUGCCCCUACUUAAACUGGCUUGGGGGACCCAGAUACUACAGUGGUGGGUGUGCAACACGUACAGCAGGGACUUCUCACUGGAAUGCUUGGAGUAGAGCCUGUAAUGGAGCAGAAGUUGCUGUAUUCCCUGCAGGGCUAUCAGAUCAACCAGAAAGAGAAAACGUGGGCCUCACGGCCACUCCAGCACAGGACAGCCAGUUUGGAUAGUAUCAUUCAUGCAGUAUACUUCAAGUACUACCCAGCAGCAGGCAGUGACAGCAUAUGGUCCAGGCUGCAGCAGCAUGGAGCCAUGAGCUGGGGAAUAUGCUUCAUUCAGUCCAGAGGCGCCUAGUGAAGGGAGAGAAAGGAGGACUUCACCCAGCGUAGGCAGACAUCUGCAAUGAGAUGGAUGGAGAUCGGGAAACUGCAGAGAAGAUGCAGAUUGCAGGAAGUGGUGAGGCUUGCGGGAAGAGCCAAAGGCUUUGAGGCAAACAUUUAGAGAGUUAAACAUGAGGAGGGCAAUUCUGAACGCUACCAAAAUGAUGGGGGAUCCAGUGGAGACUACACAGCAUGAGCUGUGUGUUUGUGACUGCUAAUGUCACACUCCAGUUAGAGCGGCAGCCUGAGGAGAGCCCAGGAGGAUGCUUAGGUCAGGAGUGGAGGUAACAGAUCACUCUGUGUCAGGAAGAGCUUCCGGAUCCUGGGCUGCAUGUGACGAGUAGCGGCGUAAGCUGCUCCUGCAGGAGAUACCCUUUUAAAAUUAGCUUAUGGGGCUGGCUCUGUGCUGGGCCCCACCCAGUUCGGAGAGAGGCUCUCAAAGCCUCUGUGGGCUGCUGUGAUGUGAGGUGGUAGGUGCAUUGAGGAGGCUGAAGGGGGUAGAUGGCUAUCUUGCCAUCACAAUUACAUUCAAAGGGGCUAAUAUUGUCCAGACACCUACGUUGUUGCCCUAACACCUGCAUUAUCCCCAGCUUGCUACUCGGGGCCAUGCUUCUCUGCUGCUCUAGCUCCAGGCCUUGCCUCUGCUAGCAUCUCCUGAUGUGUUACCCAGCACUCCUGCUACCAAUGCAAGUGAUACUUCAUGUGUUUGCUCCUUUUGUGAUGUCACUGUAGGGACUCAUGAUGUCAUUAUGUUCCACCAAUGAAAGAAAAGGAGUAUAGGCGGAGUCCAGCCUGCUUCUGCAAGGACACAAUAUAGUUGGGCUGGGCUUCAUGAAGCUGCACCUGCUGCUGACACUCCUACUGGGGGCUGUGCUCCCUGUGCCACUUCCCCAAAGGCUCAGCGACUUAGUCCCUGAGGAUUUUUCUGCUCCCCUGGAGCUCCCACAGCAGCACUUCGGCCUGGUGGACGAUUAUGGCAUUAAACCGAAGUACCCCCAGUUCCAGACUCGAGCACCCCGGAAGCAGCCAGCAGGCCUGCACCAAGCACACAAGAGCAAGCGGGAUGAGCCAGACUUGGCAGAGUAUUAUUAUGACAAUGUCCUGUGAGCUGCCCAGGGACUUGUUGCAGUGGGGGGUCUCCAUGAGCCCUAAGGACUCCAGCUCUGGCCCUGUGCACUAGUUGCUUUAUAAAGGUGCGCUGUACAGCAAGACAAACUGAGGGGCUGCUCAGUGAUGCCUGUUGGGGUGGGGCAGAAGGUGAAGGCAGAGGGCUGCUCCUGCUCCAGACUAGUUCCCUUCGUCCCAUGGAUGUUUCUUCAGCUGCUGGAGAUGGUGUAGCUGAAGAUGAAGCCCCUAAAAUUACUUCUCCCCUCUAAUGAAGGCUGCCUGUCUCCACCUGAGUGUAAAGGUGGGGAUCCCAGGGAGAGAGGACUGAGGUCACUCGUCCAUAGAAAGCCAUUCUAUGCAGCCCCCCGGCUGCCACGUAAGCUGCUCUGCCAUGAUGCUCAAUCUCCCUUGGGCUUGAGGUGCUGGGUGGGGCUCUCUGAAGAGGCCCCUGGGAAGGAGAAAAUGGGCAGGAUGCCCACGUAACAAGGCUGUGACAGAGGAGC